CAUCAUUUGGAUUUUUCUUUGCAUUACAAUUUUUCAACGUUGAGGGGCUUUUCUCUAGACAUACUUAUAAACUAAACUAAUUUAUUAUUUUCUCUGUUUUCUAUAGGUAAACUUACGCGUUGGCGUGCUAAAUACGUUUCGGGACACUGAAGUAUGAGGUUGCUCUUUUCGUCCCUAUGUAGAAAUGGGAAUCGCUUUCGUACCGUUGCACCACCUUUUCCUUUUCAUAGAGCAGCACACUCUUUUGUCGCGCAUGACACAAGCCACAUCCCUUUAGAUAAGAAUGAAUGCCUCUUCUUCUUGGACAACUUGGUAAAUACUCCCACAUUCCUGAACGUUCAACGAUAUGCUGCGGUUUUAUUUCAGAAAAACCUUCGUAGCCAGAUUCAGCAUGCUUUUCCGUCUUCUCCCUCGUUUCAUUUGGAGGAUGUUAUUUUUCGUUGGCAAGACGGUGGUGCUUUUUUGAAGGUUCGACAUGAAGACACUGUUGAGGAUAUUGAACAGAUAUUUAUUUUGCUUCGUAAUGCAUUCAAAGAACGUCCCGUCACAUCGCUCCUCCAUCCUUUCUCUAGCUCUACACCGCAUAUUGUGUAUGGACGACCUUGGUUACAGGACCUUUACGCAUUUCCCGCUCGGACAAUAGCGGUAAAUUUUGAUGGUCCCAGUUUAUCACAAGAAAAGCUUUAUAGUAUUUUCCGAAAAUAUGGAAAAUUGCGUUCUGUGGAGGUUGUAAGCGAAGAGCGUGCUAUCUUGAAGUUUUCCUCUUUAAAGGCUGCUACUUCAGCUUUAAAUUGUAUGCAUGGAAUCCGAAUUAAAGAUACAAAGUUUCAUAUGCGAUAUCGACAUACCAAUCGAUUUCUAUCACUCAAAGACUGGUUGGUUUCUCACCCACGCUUUGCAAUUCCGUUAAUAGCUGCCCUCAUAACAGUCGUUACGGCAUCUUUGUUUGAUCCAAUUCGGAGGUUCUUUGUAGAAACAAACAUUGUACAUGGACAAACACUUCGAAACAUAAGACUGUUUAGUUUGAUAAAAAAAACACGUGAUAUCGUUUUCAGUUCGUUUCACGAUCAAGAAUCAAUGGAAAAAACUCCUAUAUGGACUACAAGAGAAAAGGACUGUGAGAAACUAGAAGAGUGGUUGAAUGAGGCAUUGCAUUCAUUUAUUGUCGUCCAAGGUCCUCGAGGAAGUGGUAAACGUGACUUGGUGGACCGAGCUGUUGGUGAUCGCAAACAUGUUUUAAUAUUUGAUUGUGAUAGAUUAUUUUCCGGCACCAGUCAAGAGAUGUUUGUGAGUUCCUUGGCAAGCCAAACAGGAUAUUUCCCGUUAUUUAGUUUUUUGAAUAGUCUGUCUUCUAUGAUCGACAUGGCGGCACAGGGUCUUAUCGGCCAGAAGACGGGAAUUGUUUCUUCCUCGGAAGGUCAGGUUCGACAAAUUCUAAGCACCACACAAGCCGUGCUGCGCAAGUUGGCUUUGGGUGAGCAAAGAGGUACCCAAAACAGUAAUGUUCUUGAUGAAUCUGAAUAUUUAGAAGUUCAUGCCGAUAAACUGCCAAUAGUAGUUCUUGAUAACUUCCAACUACGAAAAUUAAGCAACCCUAUGCAGCACAUGGUCGCCGAAUGGGCUGGAAAUUUGGUCAAAGAGGGUAUUGUACAUGUCUUAAUGUUAACUCCAGAUGUAGGAGGUACAAAAACUUUAGAACAAUAUGUUGGUGGUUGGGAAAACUGUACUUUAUUGUUAGGUGAUGCUGAUCCCGCACUUGCUCGACGUUAUGUUUUAGAUUCGAUACCGGAAGAAAUGCAAACAGAAAAGCUAGAAAAAGAGCUGAAGAAACAACUACCUAAAAUUGGUGGCCGGCUUCGAGACUUAGAUUACGUUGCUAGACGCUUGAGAGUGAAUAAUUCAAGCGUAUCUGAUGCAAUUGGUGGUAUCAUAAGUCAAAACACUUCGGAUAUUCUGCAAACUUUCUUAAGAACAAAUUCACUAUCAUUUGGUUAUGACAAGAAACCAAUUUACACUUCGGAACAAGCAUGGAUUUUAAUUAGUUUAUUAUCACAGCAUGAACAUGUCCCAUAUCACAAAUUGAUGCUUGAUCCUUUGUUUAAAGGUUGUGAAGAUGCGGUCCGUGCGUUGGAAGAAGACGAACUAAUUACAAUUACUACUGUGAAUGCAAGACCCGACAAGAUAUUCGCUGGUAAGCCAGUGUAUGUUACAGCUUUUCAACAACUAGUAAAUGACUCUGUAUUGCGGGCAUCUAUGAGUCAGGCUAGAUGCAACGCCAUUAUAAGCCUUUGCAACUCAGCUAUUCGGAAGGAUGAAGAAGAAUUGCAGCUACUAAAGGGCCUCGGAAAUUUCGAAUCCGGUAUGAAAGAAAGAGCUCGUUACCUCUUCGCUCGGGUUAAGAAAAAUCAGAGUGUAAUCGAAGAGAAUGAAAGGCUUGGCGAAAGAUUUACAAGCGAGCUCAAUUCCAACGAAUAAGCUAUAACUUUAAUGCAAAAUCAACAACAUAAUCAUAAUUUAUUGAUAUGCUUAGUACGAAAGUGAUGAUUAGAAAUUUAGCUAAUAAUGAUUACUAUUC